AUGUCUGAGAAGUUGGACAACCUAGCCAGCAUCAGAAGUCCUGGUAGGGACAACCCUGAGAGUCAUGAAGUGGACUUGAAUGCCAUAACAUCGGCUCCUCUUUCUAUUGGUGAUGUUACUGAACCGUUCACCACAGAUCAAAAGUUCUACAUCUUGGGCCGUCUAGGAUACGAAGAUCUUGAAUCCUUUGAUGACUUACCUGCUGAAGCGGUGUUCAUGUUGGAGAAGAUCGCUUCGAUUGAUAUCAACGAAGCUAUGGACAUUCUCAAAGACUCCAUAGAAAAGUAUGAUGGGGAUAUGAAUGUGUCCAUAGAAGACAUGGAUUUUCUUCAUGAGUUGGUUGCUUACGAAUCCUUGGGAACAGUAAACGAGGUGAAAGACAACAUUCGCAAGACAGUCGAAAAGAAUGAGGUUCACGCAAGCGAGCACUCUUUAGAAGAGUCCUCGACAAUGUCAUACAAAUCAGAGAAGCCGGAGAUCUUUGAUUGGGAAUUACAGAGCAGAACAGAGGCAGGUAUAAUUGCCUUUUGGUCUAUCUAUCGUGAGGUGAGGUCUGUCACUCAGCCUUACGAUGACCCCUCCAUCCCUUGCGAGACAUUCCGUGUGUAUUUCAUUGGACUUCUUUGGACAGUAAUUGGAACGUUCAUCAACCAAUACUUCUCUCAAAGACAGCCUGCUAUUGGCUUGGGAUCAGCCGUUGUCCAGCUUCUUAUAUUUCCCUGCGGGAAGUUCUUGGAAUGGGCACUUCCAGCUUGGGACAUCAAAAUUUGGAAAUGGAAAUUCAGUUUGAAUCCAGGUCCUUGGAGCAGCAAAGAGCAAAUGUUGGCCACUCUCACCUACUCUGUGAGUGGUGGUGUUAUCUAUGUUUCUUUCAACUUCCAUGUUCUCAUGAUGGACCGCUACUACGGUGUUGAUUGGGUAGAUUUCGGCUACCAGAUUCUCUUGACGUUGUCUACAAACUUUUUGGGUUUUGGUUUGGCUGGUAUCGUUAGAAAGUUCGUUGUCUAUCCUGCGACAUGCCUUUGGCCAAGUAUUCUCCCAACAAUUGCUCUUAACAAAGCCUUGUGUCUGCCAGAAAAGAAGAGUAAGAUUAACGGCUGGUCUAUCUCAAGUUACAGGUUCUUCCUCCUCACCUUUGCUGCUUCCUUUGUCUAUUUCUGGAUUCCUGACUACUUGUUCACAGCGCUCUCCACGUUCAACUGGCUUACGUGGAUUGCACCAAAUAACUUCAAUCUAGCAGCGGUCACAGGCUCACAGACCGGGUUGGGAAUCAACCCAAUUACUUCUUUCGACUGGAACAUUAUCAAUUUCAAUGGUCCCUUGGCAAUCCCUUUUUACGCCUACCUCAGCAACUACCUCGGGAUGGUGACUGCUAUGAUCUGCAUUAUUGGUGUGUGGUGGUCUAACUACAAGUGGACUGGCUUCCUUCCACUUAAUUCGAACGCAUCUUUCGACAACAAGGGUAGACCAUACCAAGUGACAGCUGUGCUCAACGAUAAGUUUCUUCUCGAUGAAGAGAAGUACAAGGAAAUUGGGCCCCCAUUCUAUUCAGCUGGUAAUCUUGUUUUGUACGGAGGGUUCUUUGCAAUCUAUCCGUUUACCGUCUUCUACACUUUACUCAUGAACUUUAAACAAAUCAAGCACACUGCCAAAGGCUUCUGGAAGAUGUUGAAAAAUAGACAGGUAUCCAACUACGAUGGUUUUGACGAUCCAUUCAGCAGAUCCAUGACAAAGUACAAGGAGGUCCCUGAAUGGGUUUUCACCAUCUUGUUGGUGAUUUCGAUUGUUCUCGGUAUUUUGGCAGCAAAACUAUACCCUUCAGAUGCCCCAGUGUGGACUAUUUUCUUUGCCAUUGGGUUGAACUUUGUUUUUCUCAUUUCAAUUUGCAUUGUCUACUCAACAACUGGAUUUUCUUUUGGUCUCAAUGUAUUGGUGGAGUUGAUCGUAGGUUAUGCGAUGCCCGGAAAUGGAUUGGGCCUUAACUUUGUGAAGGCGUUUGGUUAUGUCAUUGAUGCACAGUCUGAGAACUACAUCACGAACCAAAAACAGGCACACUACAUGAGAGUUCCUCCAAGAGCACUUUUUCGGAUUCAGAUGAUCUCGGUGUUUCUUCAUUCUCUCGUGUCGUUAGGAACUCUCAAGUUGAUGUUCAAUACCAUUGAAGAUUACUGCUCGCCCCACCAACCACAGAAGUUCAAGUGUCCAUCAGCAACGACAUUCUACACUGCUUCUAUUUUCUGGGGUGUGAUCGGACCAAAAAGAGUUUUUGGCGGGCUUUACCCAAUCUUGCAGUGGUGUUUCUUGAUUGGCUUCUUAUUGGUCUUCCCAUGUGUGUUGAUCAAGAAGUACUUUGGGAGAUACAAGGUUGUCAAGUACUUCCAUCCCGUUGUUUUCAUUCAGGGUUUCCUCAACUGGGCACCUUACAACUUGAGUUAUUACACUCCUGGACUCUACGCAUCUUACGUUUUCAUGAGCUAUCUCAGAAAGAGGUACACCCCAUGGUGGUCGAAAUACAACUAUAUUCUCUCUGGUGGAUUAUCAGGAGGAUUGGCGUUUGCUAGUAUUAUCAUCUUCUUUGCCGUGCAAUACCAUCCCAAGUAUAUCAGCUGGUGGGGAAACAAUGUCAACCUGUAUGGGCUUGACUACGUGGGUCCAGCUAGACUUAAUGUGACGUUGGAGGCCCCAGAUGGAUACUUUGGACCAAGAAAAGGGCACUACCCAUAA